UGGCCCCUGCUGGUACGCAGAGGCCUUGACCGCAGAGACGCCACCAGCGCUCAUGAGACGGGGCCUUGGCCUGCGUGGGUGUGGAUCAGGGUGGGCUGCCUGGAGGAAGGGGCCUCCGAGCUGUCGGGCAGGCAUGGCUGGCAGAGGCGGAAGGUGGCAGACCGGGCCCAGGGUCUGAUGUGCCCUCUGUGACGCCCAUCUCUGGCUGCCUUGGUUUCCCCGUCUGCCUCUGCCCACUCCCCCCCCCCCCACCCCCAUUACCCGGAACCCUGACCACUGGGUGGGCCACAGCUGGAACCUGCUGCCCGGAGUAACCGGAGAAACAGAACUCGGUAGGACUCUGAGCCUGUUCUCUGGGUGGGUCACCUGUGCUCCCACCUGGUGCCCUCCUGGCCUGCCUAGGCUGGGCCCCCGCCUCCCCAUGCAGCACCCCAAACCCUUCUACGCACCCACGGCUGCUCCCCAAGAAGGCUUCAGUCCCCGGAGCCUGGACGCCACCGAGGGGCCCAGCAGCCAGCCCGCUCCUGCCUGCACAGAGCCUCUUCCUGCUGUGGCUUCUUCCAACCUGUAUCACGCCCCAGACCCGGAGAAAGAGGUGUUUCCAGCCCCUCCGGCAGGUUUCCAGAUGGCGCCCUGCGGGUGCUUCUUUGACCCUCGCAUCUACCGAAUCGAGUGGACCACCACCGACUUCGGCCAGUCAUCCAUGUACAAGCUGGCGGCGGUGGGCGGCAGGGGGCCGGUCGGGGGCCCCGCCUCGCCGGGCACCUACUUCCUGGAGCCCCAGCGCUACCUCAAGGCCCCGGUGCCGCCCCCGCCGCCCCCACCGUACCCCCACUACCCGCUGCCGCCUGGGGCCCCCCAGUACCUCGUGCCCCACUUCCCGCCCGAGGGGCCCGGGCCCGAGGCCCUGGGCUUCGUGGGGGAUGGGGGGCCCCCCGCCUUUGUGGAGCUGCCCCCGCCCUUGAUCAAGGAAGGCCUGGCACCGCCGCCGCCACGGCCCCCCAAGGAGAGCACGCUGCCCCCGCUGCCCAUCACGCUGCCCGCCGAGGCCUCGCUGCCCCCCGGCACCUACGGCCAUCUCAGGGGCCGCCUGAGCCAGGUGCAAGGGCCCGGCGAGACCGUGACCUUGCCCGCCAAGGAGUUGGCCCUCCGCGCCGGGCCCAGCCCGCUGUUUCUGCCGGGCCCUGGCGAGCCCGAGGCGGCUGAGGCCGAGGCGGCCCCGCUGGGGGCAGGCGAGGCCAGGACCCCCGAGGCGGCCAGGGCCUUCGCGCUGCCCGAGAAGGUGCUGCUGGAGGACGCGAUGAAGCUCUUUGACUGCCUGCCCGGCGCCCCCGAGCCUGAUGGGGCCCCGCGCAAGCCCCCCGGGCCGGCCCUGCCCAACAGCGGGGGCGGCGGGGAUGAUUCUUCCGGCGACAUCCGAUCGCUGCACCUGCCCGACGAGCUGCUGUCCUUCGACUACAGCGUGCCCGAGAUCCUGGACACCGUGUCCAACGUGGACUACUUUUUCAACUUCAAGGCGCUGGACGAGGAGCCGCCGCCCCGCCCGGGGCCCCCCAUCACCAACACCGCGGCCCCCGCGCCAGGGGCUGAGCCCCCCGGCAAGAGGAAGGCUGGCAGCUCGACCACCAAGAAGGGGAGGCAGGGUGGUAAGGGCAGGCGGGCUGCUGGCCCCGCCAGCGCCGCCCCCUCAGGGCCCAGGCAGGACCUGGGAGCCGCCCCCCAUUAAAGCAGAUCUGAC